AUGUUAUCGGUUCUCAAGAAACAACAACAAAUAAAAGAAAAUUAAAUAAAAGUAAAUUCAAAAAUUCUUAGCAAUGCAACAAACACUAAGGCGUUGUGUUUCGCCUCUUCUUCGCCUUAAUCCCAGUUACUAUGCCAGCCCACCCACAGUCGCCAGAAGAUGUCUGUCGGCCCUGCCACAGGAAGAGAACAAAAACAAAAACCAAACAGCUUUACCGCGACUAAUGGACUUUCCCGAAGUAAUAUGGCCAUCAGCUCUAAACACUAUUAAGAACUGGAUAACUAUACAGUUUAUUAUACGUCCGUAUUUUGAUAGUGAAUUUCAACUGAAGGACUUUAUAUACGGGGCCAAGGAGGCUUUGCAGGUGGUCUCUUCUCGCCUAAUGGGUGGCGAACUGGAUUCGCUGCAAAAUUUGGUUUCCUCCGAAGCCAUCAAUGAACUCAAGCCGGUCAUUCAGAAGCUGUCGAUGACCCAACGCCGGCAAUUGGAAAUUAAACAAAGUGAUAUCUAUCUCAGUUUCCCCUAUCAAGUGGGCAUCAUUUUCGAUGAGGCCAAUGAUAAGUUACAAAAACGUUUUGUCGAAAUUACAAUGGUAUUUCAUGUUAUGCGUGGCCUGUCCGAGAUGCGCGAACGAGGCGAUGAGAUUCCAUGGAACAUGGGAACUAUGCCGGAAUAUCAGGAUAAGGUUUUUAUAUGUAAUUAUCGCUUCAUCAAGGAAUUCACAACGGGCCAGCAAUCCGAUUGGACCAUUAACAUGGCCAAUCAUUUCCGUGCCAUUGAUCUAAUCAAUGAAUCUAAAUAACAUUUAGUGUUAAUUUCUGAACUUUCCCAAGCCAAGAAAAGAAAUAAAAAAUAAUUUUCGUUAUUGUUUUUUUAGUUUA